UCUCUUCGAAGUCGAAAGCGGGAGGAUUUCGCUGUUGUGAGUUUUCUGAUUGACGUUGACAUUUUCAGAAGAAAAGGAAAACACGGAAUAGUUUUCAACAAGAUGGACAUGACUACGUGUUUGAAGUCUCUCUUGUUGGCCAUCCAUCAGUACAGAGACAACAGGACAGUGCAGAACACAGCCCGGCUACACCAACGAGUGGAGGAGGUUUCAGGACUUAAAUGUGACCAGCUGCUAUGUUCAGGCCAGGUUCUGCCCAGUGAGUGUGUGUCUAGGUUGGUGGAAUUAGCUGGGAAUCCAAACACCAGUCCGGCUCUGACAAGCUCCAUCAUCUCAUUGCUGACACAACUUGCCUGUGAUGAUAACAGCUGGAAGAUGCUUCAUAGCAGCUACAACCUCACCAACAGCCUGGCGUUUGUUAUCCACUGCCACAACACAACACCUGGAGAGCCACUGGUACUGCAGUGUCUGCAAGUGUUGCAGAAACUGACUUAUAACACCCGCAUCUUCCAGUGUACAAAUAACAUUCAAAAGCUCAUAGCUUUUCUCAUGACAAACAUCCAGUCGAAUAACGAUGACAUAAUCACAGCGUGUCUCAGUCUUAUGGCAAACCUGUGUCGUGACAACCAGUCAGUACAGAGUUACAUCAAGUCUCUGGAUAAUGUGAAGCUGUUCUAUCGCACUCUCAUUAACUUCCUCGCUCACAACAGUUUGACUGUGGUGGUCUUCACAUUGUCUAUACUGGUCAGCCUCACCCUCAAUGAGAAGGUUGGAGAGAAGUUGUUUGACGCAAACAACAUCCACCAAACGUUCCAGCUUGUGUUCAACAUCAUUGUUAAUGGUGAUGGAACGUUGACGCAAAAAUACUCAGUGGACCUUUUGAUUGAUCUGUUGAAAAGCCCCAAGAUAGCAAACUACCUGACCAGGUAUGAGCAUUUCUCAGUCUGCGUGUCUCAAGUAAUGGGACUGCUGCACUCGAAAGACUCAGAAUCUGCAGCCAAGUUGUUGGAGCUUGUCCUGGCCAUGUGCAGCAUCUCAGAUCUACGACUGCAGCUAUGUGAGCUGGUUUUUCAAAGAGCAGGAUUGAAACUGAGGACUGCAAAGUGCAGGCAGGCUGCAGGACUGGACCGAGUCAGCAGCGAGGAGUGUGGGCUUGCACUGGUCCAGUGGCUUAAUUCGUCUGUAGAGGGCGCUGAAGCCUGCGCUGUCCAAGUUCUGCAACUACUGGAGGAAUUGCUGAAGGAGGCAUUGGGAGGAGACGGCGUGUCCGAGUGUGUGCUGAGCUUUGUGGAAAUGUUGCUUCCAUUCCUGCUCGGGCUGCUGAAAGGUCUCGAUCCUGCACAGGGAGAAGCUCACUUGAGGAAAUGCUGUCGCUGCAUCAUACAAGUCACCAGUCUGCUGCUAGUGCUUUGUACUCAAGGCUCCACUAGGUCUUUGGUGUCCUGUCAGGUGAGCGCUCAACUCUUCCUGUCACAGGGUGAAACGCUGCUCUCCUGUUGUCAUAGCAACAGUCGCUUGACCUGCUCCCCGCCUGUUUCUGAUGGUGAUCUCAGUCAGUUGUGUGCAGAAGCGCUUCUGAAGACGUUGGAGUUGAUGAGCAAACUGAGACAACAGGUGCAGGACAUGGAGACCAGCUUCUACAGACUGUUACAGGACCAGAGGAUAGUGACCCCCCUGUCUCUGGCGCUGACGUCCUAUCACAGAGAACGCGUUCAGACUGGACUUGCUUUGCUGUUUGAAGCCACGCCCCUUCCAGACUUCCCCUCACUGAUCCUGGGAGAAAGCAUGGCUGCCAACAAUGGCUACCACCAGAGGCAGACGCUGUUUGUCAAGCGUACUGCAGUACAGGAAGUACCACCUCCCAGGACAAAUAGCAGCACAUUGGAUUCCUCCAGUGGUUCCAGCAGGAGUGUUCACAGUCUAGUUGAGAAGAUACAGAGCGGGUUGGAGCUUCAGGAGCAACUUGAAGGCCGGCGUGUGUCAGAAAUCAUCGGUGUCUAUGAACAGAAGCUCUCUGCAUUUGCAGCCAAAGAGAGUCGUCUGCAGGACCUGUUGGAGUCAAAGGCUCUGGAUCUCUGCCAGGCCAACCGUCUCAUUUCUCAUUAUCAUUUCCAGCAGGCCCAGGAGGAGGCUGAGACUCAUAAACUGGGCUGCCUGCUGAAGGAGGCGGAGCAUCGUCGUGAGGAACUGCAGGCCGAGCUGGCCAACCAGGUGCUGGAGGUUGAGCGCUCCAAAACUGACAUAAAGGAGCUGCUGCAGCACAAUACAAGGCUGCAACAAGACUCUGAGGACCAUCAGACCCUGAAGGGAUCCUACAACACUUUGCUCAACAGGUUCAAUGAAGCUGAGCGCCUACUGAAAGAUCAACAAACGGUUCACACGUUACUCGUCAAACAGACUGAUGCUCUAAAGAAGAACCAUGAAGCACUGCGACAGCAACAUGACAAGAUGAUUUCGGUGUUGGAAGAGAAGGAACAUACGAUUACAUCCCUUAUGUCAGAUCUCCAGCAAAAAGACACUGACAUCGCAGGUCUGCAGGGAGAGCUGCGAGCAGAGGAGAAGAAAGGAAAGGAGAAGGAUAAAGAAAAGAGGGAGCUGGAAGAGAUGGUGGAUGUCUUGAGGAAAGAACUGAAUAAAACCGAGCAGGCCAGGAAGGACGCCAGCAUCAGGGCUUCAUCUUUGGAGCUACAGAAAGGUCAACUGGAGGCCAAGCUUCGGCAGAAGGAGGAAGAACUGAAGAAACACUCUGCGAUGAUCGCCAUGAUUCACAGCCUCAGCAGCGGCAAGAUUAAGAGUGACGUUAGCCUGUCCUGAACAUCUGUUUUUAAUUCUUAAAAUUCAAAUAUUUUCAGUUUUCUUG